AUGAACAAGAGGGAAACCGUUCUCGUUACAGGUUUCGGACCGUUCCGACAGUUCUUGGUGAACCCCAGCUGGGAAGCAACUCAGGCGCUGAAGUUGGCCGGACUGGGAGAAAAGAUCGACAUUCACAUUAGAGAGGUGCCAGUAAGUUACGUUGGAGCCCAGGAGAUAAUUACAGAACUUUGGCAAAGUCUUAAACCAAAGUUUGCUGUUCAUCUGGGCAUUGCAAGAGGUUCCAGUCUUGUUAUUUUGGAGCAGACUGGGAAAAACAGCAGAUAUACAGAUGCAGAUGUGCGUGGAUUCUGUCCUGAAAAUCAAUGCUGCAUCAAAGGCGGACCAGAAAAACUGGACUCUGUUGUGAACAUGAAGGUUGUGUGGAAGCACGCCAAACGCUCAGGGAUGGAUGUGGUUUAUUCCAGAGAUGCUGGCAGAUACCUGUGUGAAUUUGCAUAUUACUGCUCACUUUAUCACGGUCAGCGGAGAGCCGCUUUAAUCCACCUACCCUCAUCUGGCAGCCUUGCAUCGACUGACCGACUGGUCCCCUCUCUGCAGGCCCUCGUUCUCGCCAUGCUCCAACAGCUGGAGGACACUGACCAACAAGAAGAGCAACACACUCGCAUCGGGGUAGAUGCUCACGAGGCAGACAUUUCACAUUAAGACGCCACCUUACCGAGAUGGAAAAGACAUUUCAGCAUACAGGUAAAAACAAUCAGAAGAAGCAAG